AUGCGAAACUUGGUGAGGACAGAAUUAACGUAUCACGUUUCAGACGGUCUAUUUCGGUCAACUGGGCAGAAACUCCCUGAAGGAAUUCGUCAGGCACGUUCUGUUAGCAGUCAUGAUGAAAGCCCUUGCAACGAAAGUGAACUGGCGAGGCGUUCACGCAAAACAAAGAAUUUCAGGCACGACCUCAGCCCAUGCUAUAGUCG